CAACGCUGGGUCCAAAAAUGAUGGCGGCAAAGUCGGGAGAAGCGCGAGCAAACGCGGUGUUUCUCAAAAAUGCAAACGACAAACAGUGUUUCUGCUACGCUGCCUUGUGAUAUUCUGUGUAAGAGGCAGUAAAUUGAGCAAUUGCACCUCACGAGAUGACCUCGUUCCGGCAAAUCGAAGAACGGCAUGUGCCAGCAGAAGUGGCGUUUAUGCUCUGGUCACCCAAAUUAGACUUGAUAGCUUUAGCACUAGUACAAGGUGAAGUAGCACUGCACCGCCUGUCCUGGAAGAGAGUCUGGCUUCGCCCACCUCCUGGGGGCAAAGAAAACAAGACAGCAGUCCAAAGCCUUGCCUGGAGACCAGACGGGAAACUUCUAGCAAUUGCAUACGACACCGGUUCCAUAACACUGUGCAGCGUCGAAAAUGCCGAUGUCAUCCACACCCUAGAAGUGAAAGCCUGUGUUUCUGCGCUGACAUGGGUUUCAAACGGCUGCAUAGCUCAGAACCACGAGACACCGUGUUCCAUCUAUAACGACCUUUCACAUAUUUACCUCUCGAAACUUCCGAGCCUUAACAAAAGUUACGGCACAUCGUCAGGAAAAUUGUGCAGCGAAAAUGUAGAGGACUCAAAAAAAUUGAAAGAUCAAGAAGACUUCAAUAUCUUGGUCGUUGGAACAACUACGGGAAAAGUCCUGAUGCAUUCCUAUGGUGUAUUCCUCUGCGGUGAAUUUGAACUUGAUAUUGGAACCUACAACAGGAACCAGGCCCCCAUGAUAGUGUCAGCCGCAUUGUCCGAGGACUUUGGGCAGCUAAGUCUCGUCGUCGAAUGGGACGAAGGUGCGGGGAAGUGUCUGUGUCUGCAGAAUUACAGUGUGCCCCUUCUACAGAAGAAAUCUAGAGAACUACAAGUCGUAGCUCUCAAGUAUGGACAAAUUUCGUCCCUGCUGAGUUACCUCUCCUCGACGAUCAUGGCAAUAACGGAAGCCUGGGAGGACAUUCUUCUGGAAAUCGAUUCCAAGCUGGCAAAGUACGCGCAGGAGAAACAGCAGUUGUCCAACGGCACAGUCAGUGACGAUUUUCUCGAACUCUUGAUGUUCGGCACGCCUUCGGACGUGCUGGAAAAAUUCCUGCUGCACGAUCUUACGGAUAAAGGCCUAAAAAAACUGGGCCACUCCGUAGAGCUCUGCUACUGCAAUAUUCAGAAGCACAUAUUGAAGAACUUACAAAGUGUCGGUCACUCCUUAUAUUUCCAUUUCCUCGACUUGCAAGGCAUGGCACGUUGGGACGAAAAGUUCGGCGCGCUCGGCCUGUCGAAGGAAGCCGUUACGUGCGCGCUGAAAUCCACGGGAGCAUUUCUCAUGAAAUCGAUGGAGCUGCUUCAAGUCAUCGACAGCAGCAUGAAGAACUUCAAAGCGUUCUUCCGUUGGCUGUACACGGUUAUCCUGAGACUCUCCGAUGAGCCAGUUCCGUCCGAAGUCACACGCGUGACACAGCAAGACAUCAGCUUCGUAGCAAAUUUUUUGACAGAGAGCUUCGCAGUCGAGUGGGACGAGAAUAAGUCGUCGUCCUUCAGCCUGGAGCGCGUGGGUCAGUAUCUCAAAGACGAGCAGCUACCAUUUCCUCCUUUAGGACAAAACGAUUGGAUUAGGUUUCUGGAAAGCGCACAAGGGUUUGACAGCGAUCUGCUGGUACCGCACGAUCCCAAAAAAUCGCUCGUACAGCAACACAAGGAGCUCGAAGAGGCAUCAAACGACGCAUUCGUCGGCCCAGCUGAAGUCCUGGCAAAGAACGUCGCUAGGCAGACGCAGGUCCUGUUGGCGGUCACAAAGACAAAGCAGUCGGUUGUGUCGCAGUUGAUGUCGCCGAAGGAGCGUUGCAUUUACACUGCCGUUGCACCCGACUCGAUGUGCCGGAGAGACAUUUAUCUGUUCAGAGGCGGAGCUGACGAAGGUUGCGUCGAAGUCGUCAGACUUGUCGUCGGAAAUUUAAGAGACGCCACACCAGCCGACCACGAUCAGGCCGUGGUGAGGGACUGCCGGAACACUGUGCUGGACCUGCAGCUCUACAGCGCAGACAUUUUGUCCAUCCUCCUCUCCGAAACGACCCCGAGCGGCGAACAGUCCGUGCCGAUCCUAGUUCAGUUUCCGAUGAAGCACAUCCUUCCGUUCUUUCGGCAGGUCACGAAACAAGCGUUCGCGUACGAUGCGGUGACCGAACGGGACUUGCCCGCGGUGGACAUUGCCCAGUUUCUGGACAAACUGAAUUACCGGCGGCUGGAGAAUGUGAAAGCAUCCGCGUUUGCUGUGAGCGGUGCACGAAGUGUCGCCUGUGUGCUCUUCCAGUCGAGGAGACGGGUUCGGCUGUUUGAGAUGGACGUAGAAGAAGAGGAGGAGGAACAGAAUCUAGAACGGAGUCCCGCUAAAGAAGUGCUAGAUCCAGAAAUGUCGGAUUUACAGGAUGAAGACAAAGAGAACAGCUUUUGAGAUGGUGUUGAAAGCCUUGUUAGGUGCGGUUUGUUGUUAACGGGUGAAUUUGUAGUAGUUAUCUUUGUGGUAUGAUAACUAUGAAGCCUCAUUCACUUGCAUUUUUGUGAGCAAUGAAAAAAUGAUGAAACAUC